GUGUGCUCUGCGAUCAUAACCAAGACAGUGCACAGUACCGGUGGCCCUAGCAAUCUCGCCAGUAUGGCAAUCACAGUGAGGGAAAUACGAAAAUCACGAUAGCAGGAGGCUACAAAUACACACAUUUCAUUUUACUUAAAUGAAACGACGAUGCAGGCGGCCACCAACCUGCGUGUAUGAUCGGCUGGCGAGUGGACCUUACAUGACAGACCACAGGCUCGCGGAAUGAAGUCCCCUGGAAUACCGUUUGUUUUGUGCUUGUCUUGUGUUGUGCUUUGGCACCAUAUCAUAUUUGGAGAGUACCGAGAAUAUGUGACGCGACAGACCCUAUACGGCACGAUCCGGGGGGUCGUUACCAACCGCCUCGUGGGCGAGCACGUGGAACAAUACCUGGGCGUGCCCUUUGCCGCCCCACCCAAACACAGCCUACGGUUUGAGCGUCCUCAGAGGCCUCGUCCAUGGAAAGGUGUCCUGGAUACGCUCGAGCUCCCUCCUGCCUGUCCACAAAUGCACGAUUUCCAAUAUGUCCACCAACAUUAUCCAGACUUUUGGAACGAGGAUGAGGACUGCCUCUACCUCAACAUAUUCGUUCCCUUGAAUACAUCCACAAAUAACCCACUUCCGGUGCUACUGUACAUCCAUGGAGGAUCAAAUGAAGUGGGGAUGGGCGGAAUGUUUGACGGAGAUGUUUUGGCCGGAUUCGGGGACAUCAUAGUCAUCAACUUCAACUACAGACUCGGAGCCUUCGGCUUCUUUGGCGCAAAGGAGGAAGGUUUGGAGGGUAACUAUGGUUUCCUGGACCAGGUGGCAGCCAUGAGAUGGGUCAAUGGCAACGUCCAUUUUUUUGGUGGGGAUCCUAAACGCGUGACGAUUGAUGGUCACAGCGCAGGCGCAGCGGAUGUAGGAUUCCAUUUAAUUUCUCCCCUUACAAAAGGGUUGUUCCAGUAUGCCGUAAUACAAAGUGGAUCACCUUUAGCUUUCUGGGCCAUGGCUAAAUCGUCCUGGAAGAAAGGGUACAAUGUGAAUCUAACGUGCCAGGACUACUGGUGUCCCUCAGGAUCAAACUCUGUUGAUUAUAAACAGUUCCUUAAGGAGCUGCCCAUGAGUCAAAUCAGAUUCAUACCAGGAAGGUUUUGGGCUUUAAUUGGUCGAUCUUUCUUUACAGCUCAAGUGCUUCUGGAUCAGUACGAUAAAAAGGAAGAAUUUUCACAAGAAAUGUUUAAGAAAGUAUUGCAACUUUACAAAUCGGCAUUCCCUAAUGUGUGUGGCCUUACAGAGCUGAUCCUACACGAGUACUCUAACUGGAACUACUUCCGCCGGGAAAAUGAAUCACUCCUCAACUUUAUAGAGAUGGAGAGCGACCUGGUAUUCGUUGCCCCGAUGAUCAACAUGGCUAACAUGAUGGCUGAAUGGACCAGACGCUUGUUUCUAUUUCGAUUUGAGCACACAUCGCAUCUAGCACCAGGGCCAAAAUGGAAGGGUGUUCCGCACGGCCGAGAUUUGUUUUACAUAUUCGGAGCCCCUUUGGUUGGACAUCCCCUUUACACUUACAGCGAGACGGACAAAGAGGCCAGUCGAACCGUGAUGACACUAUGGAGCAACUUCGUAAAACAUGGAUUCCUGACCUUGGACGGAGAAACCCCGUAUCUGAUCUACAACACAUCCACUCGUUCAAUCAAUCGCCUCCUCCUGGACGAGGAGGAACUGAACAUACAGGCCCACCCAAACUUCAAGCCGAGAAAGAUGGCGUUCUGGAACACAUUUCUACCUCUGAUGAACAAGUCAGGCUGCAUAUGUUCUGCCAGUGGCGUGCUAUUAUAUGUAGACAGUGUUCUCCUGGCGGUAUCUUUGUUAUUAGCUGUUUGUUGUACUGGGAGUGGAUUACUAAGUUGAUGGUUCACAUCUGUUCCAAACUGUUAAAUAUUUUUAUAUGUUUCCACAUUCAUAAAAUACCUGAUAUUGAGUUAUCUGAAAAAAUCGAAUGCCACAGGACGCCAAAUGUGCUCCACGUGUGGCCAUCAAACUGCCAGAGACUAGCGUGGAAUGAAAUAAAGCGGUGCGUUCGUCCCGGAAACUGACCAGUUAAGCCCCGGUCUAUCAUUGUCCGAUUGUCUAGCUGUCAUUGUAACGCUAUAUACGGCCCAGACACCAUACCAAUCCAGGAGAGAAAUGGCGCUCCAUCGUGACAUCGCGACGACUUGAUGGCUUGGAUGUUGGGUCGUUAUCCUGGUGUUGGUUGUAUGAUACAUGUACAUGUUACAUGAUUUCAUUCAACAAUUUGUAUCAUGUUUUCGUCAGUGAAAGUAAAAACUAAGACCAUCAGAUAAUUAAAAUAUCAACACGGGAACUGAAAUGUACUGUAAGUUAAAUUUAGGAAGAAGAUUGUGGCCCUAGAAAUCACGAGUAUUAUAUUUUUCGAAGUAUCGGGAUUUAACGUACUGCACUGAAAGUUAAUAAGGAAAAUGAUUAACGUGAUAGACUGACACAAAGUUCCUAUGAGGUGUGAAAUCCAACUUUGACAAUGUAAUGUUUGAUUAGCCAUACAUAACCGUUGAUAUCACUUCACUUUAAAGCUCAGUUAAGUUUACAUUUAAUAAUGUUUUGUUGACUUGUAUUAUAAAUAUAUUUAGUCAUACAGAUAUUUUUGCGCAAAGUGUGCUUACCAGUAUCAAUUGACCAAGCCAAUAAGCUUUUAGCUAUUAUCAUUGUUAUAAUAGUAUUAACAUCGUGACAAUAUUCGUUUUGUUCCUUUUCGUGCAGAUCAAGUUCUUCUCAGUCAGUAAUGUAAUAACCAUGCUAAUUGUACACCACGGCCUUCUUCCUGUCACCUUCCCUGUAAUAUGUUUCGUCAGUGUUUGUGAAAUCAUAACCGAACAUUAACGACGAUGUAUCUGUGUUGAGAACUCCUAAAUUUAAUUGUGUUACUACUGUUUAAUAUAUAUUACAUAUACGAUUUUAUAUAAUUUUUAUUUCAUGCAUUUUGAGUAAAUAUGUUAUGCUUUCUGUACAUUACGCCGAACAAAUUUCAGCAGCUCUGAUUGGUUGAUGGUUUCAGUACGACAUCGUAUUUGAUCCUACCACCGGUCUGUUUGAGGGAUUAGGUGGCUUCACUUUUCCCCAAUUGAACACUUGACGUAUCAUGUCCUGUUCGUCCGUCUGUCACACUCCUUGUCACCGGGCUCAUUUCCUACUGAUUUCGGGGAAACAUCACGGGUAUGUUUGCUUCAAACAUUCCUUUGAUAAUUGAUACAAAACAAUUGCAAUACCAGUCAAAGAUCAAAGUUAUUGUCAUCAAAAAGUAGAAUACACUGCCACCCGUCCUAUGUUAAAACAACCUGUCUUCCUUAAAAGUAAUUUGGACAAAUUCAACUAAAGUUCGACAGGGUCAAUAUGGAUUUCACUUAAAUGGUUGGCAAACACAGAGACCUAUAUACAGGUCUCUGGCAAAAACCAUAUUUUCAGAAAAUUACUAUAAAAAUAUGUUGUAAUAUUUUCUUCUGUAGAAUUUCUGAUAGAUUCUGGUGAAAACCUUCUGUAGGAUUUCUGAUAUGGUGAAAACCUUCUGUAGGAUUUCUGAUCGAUUCUGGUGAAAACCUUCUGUAGGAUUUCUGAUCGAUUCUGGUGAAAACCUUCUGUAGGAUUUCUGAUCGAUUCUGGUGAAAACCUUCUGUAGGAUUUCUGAUCGAUUCUGGUGAAAACCUGUAGGAUUUCUGAUGGAUUCUGGUGAAAACCUUCUGUAGGAUUUCUGAUAGAUUCUGGUGAAAACCUUCUGUAGGAUUUCUGAUAGAUUCUGGUGAAAACCUUCUGUAGGAUUUCUGAUAGAUUCUGGUGAAAACCUUCUGUAGGAUUUCUGAUAGAUUCUGGUGAAAAACUUCUGUAUGAAAAACAAUUAUGUGACGUAUUAUAAGACAAAUUUUCAUGAAACUUCAUACACGUAUAAUUAGACCGCUGUCGUUGUUAUCAGUGUCAAGGACUAAUCGUAUAAUCAGAUCAGUCCCUAGACCAGACAGGGCUAUUGGGAGCCUUAUCCACAGGUUUUUGUUGUGGCUGUUUUGUAUUGUGUGUUUACAUAUUGUUUGUUAAGACCGAUUUUUACAGGAUAGAAUCAUCUUGAAGUAUACAGUCAUUUUUUAUGUUGUUAUGUCUUUCGAUAUAAUGUGUAUAUCUUUAGUCGAUAAGUUGUAAGAAAAAGCCCAUUUUCUGUUUUCGGGUGUUUUUUUUUACCUAACUUCCUCACCUAUAUCAGAUAUAGUCACAUUGUAAAUAUGCAUGUUUUAUCUAUAUAUUUAUCCGUGUUACUCAUUAUAAUAGUAAUGUAAAAGUUAAAAGAUAGAUGUUGUCUUAGACUGGUUAAUCGCUUAGAUACUUGUUAUUUAAUGUCUUAAGCUAAGAAUUGUCAACCAAUACAGCAAUAUCUGUCCUUGGUAAGCCAUUUAUCGUAAAUUGGUUUUAAGAAAAAUUCAAACUGCGAUCUUUUGUCAGAAAUACCUCGCGUGAAACACAUCGAUGUUGCAUAGGAUAUGACAAAGAUGCAGUUGGCUAGUAUGAUGUCGCAGGUGCAUUAAAAGACCCUGUCCUUAUAACCUGAGGGCACAAAAUAGCGUAACAAUCGAGGUUCUAUAUAUGGUACAUAUUCUGUCAUAUAAGAAAUAAUCUGAGAUUAUCAUCACAUUCUUCCAUUUAUUUUUCAACCGACUGGAAGUCCGCCAUAUUGCCGAUGUUGUUACAUAAUAAUGCCCCAUUUGCCACAGAUAUGCGACGUUAUAUUGACGAAUAUGUAACACAGAUGUAGAAAGAAUUAAUAUCACAGAAUCAACCUUACUUCAUGUUGGUGUUCAUAUACGUUCUCUACAUAAUUAGACAGCAUGUAAAUCAAGUAGAUUUGGUAAUUUAGAACAUAUCGGUAUCAAUAUUCUAAAAUGAUAUUUGUGUGGAUUUAUUUAUAUCUUAUAUGUUUAAUUUGGCAAAGCAUCCGAUCAUUGUGAUGGGGAGGUGCUUUACUCUGUACCUGGAUUGAAUAGGUUACAAGAACAUAGCAGGCAAAAACUAGUUCAGAAAUUACCAAGGUAAGCACGUGAAUAAAUUCCUCGGUACUAGUCAACUUUCAAUACAGAAAUCGUACACAAAAGGCGUAUUCAUUUUAACGUAGUAUUAUGUAUAUGAAUUCAAACUGAAACUGUCGAUGCUGAAAUCUAAUAGUUGAUACCGAAUCAAAUACCAUAUCUUGUAUUUGUUUAACAGUAGUAAAACAGCAGGGAUGUAUUAUCUACAGCUAGAUGUUCCAUUCGUAUCAGGAUAUUGUUGUUACGUGUAUGUCUUGUAUAAAACUGGAAAAUGCAUGCAUUCUAUUUGGUUACAAUAUGUGUAAAUGUGUAAUCACAUAUGCUUCUUGUAGAAAUAAAGAAUAAUAAAAUACUUUUCCUCCAA